AUGGGAAAAGAGAAUUUUGACGGGUCGUGGAUUCAACUGGAUAAAAUCACGGCGAAUCAAACACUCUUACUCCGCCAUUCAGUGCUAUGGCCGGAGAAAGAUAUUUCAGAAAUGGUUUUGCCCGAGGAUAAAACAGGAAAACACUACGGCGCCUUCCUACCUCACACAGGUGACCCUGUGGCCGUCAUUUCGCUCUUCGUCGAAGAGGCACCGAUCGAUAAGAACUCGGACCUGGAGGCAACUGCCCACUCGUCGGCUAUGGUCUACAGACAUCCCCGUGCGGUACGGUUCCGAAAAUUUGCUUGCGAACAGCAAUAUCAGGGAAAGGGAAUUGGAACACGCCUCCUCACUUAUGCCUUAUCGAUGGCCCGAUCGGAACUCGAUGUCGUGAUGGCUUGGUGCGACGCUAGAACAACCGCACUGGGGUGGUAUCAGAAGAGAGGCUUCGUCGCCUUUGGGGCUGCCUUUUACAAGGGUCCCGUGGAGUAUGUUCGGUUGAAAAUUGACCUGGAUGACGUCGCCUUGCAGCAGCCUGGAAGUACGGAGGAGAAUACAGUUAUGAAGGCCUCGAUUGUUCAAUAG